CACGAAAGAGUUGUCGGCCGAUGACAAGAUGGCAAUAGAUUUUCUUGUAACGUUCGCUGAUUCCAUUCCUUCAGCGUCUUGUGAACCAAACGAACUUCAUUGUCCGUGUACGGUCGAGACUCGGAAUGAUCAGAACUCGGUAGAGUCCGAGAAUAGAAUGGAUAUCAACAACUUAAUAGAAUAA